AUGCUCUCACUUGUUGCUGCUGUCAAGGCACCCCGCACACACAACCAUCGCCGCGUGACCGGAUCCAGCGGAAGGAGGAGGGAAGGAAGAGAGAGUGAGCCGCAGAGGCCCAACAUGUCCCGGCGUGUGUUUACUUCUGCGGCGCUACUCUUUCUUGUUAUGAUGAUGUGCUGCGGCAGAGGAGCUGCUAGCGCGGAGUUGAUUCCUUCACCCCCUAGCCAGUUUAAAUGGGAAGGCAUCACUGAUGAUAAGGAAACUGUGAAAUCAUUGGGUGUUUCCGGCCUUUUGAAAGUGGGGAAUGACGUAUUUGCCGUUGCUGAGGCGCAGUGCAAGAAAGAAGAAGAAGACACCUUUACUGGCAUUGCGUCCCAGCUGCUGAAUUUGGAAGACAAAACUAAUAAAGAGCCGGAGGAAAUUCUGAAGGAUGCGAAAAAGGAUACACAGGUUUUGGAGAAAGACGUUUCCCAAGGCAAGAAGAAAGUAGAUGUGAGCCGACCAACGACAGUUGUGAAGGGAAGAGAGAUUUACAUGCUUGUUGGAAAAUGCAGCGGAACAGUUGCCGGCGGUUCUGGGGAAAGUGUUGCAGAAGCCUCGGGACUUUUUCUGGUGAAAGGGGAAUUCAGUGAUGAAAGUAACAAAAAAAUUCUUUGGAAAGAUACUAAGGAUGUGCCACGGGCAUCUUUCGGCGAAGAAAUUCAAUCCUUGGAAGGACUGAUUGGCGGCGGUGGAUCGGGUGUUGGGACGGAGGGCAAUACACUUGUGUUCCCAGUGGAAGCCACGACGAAGAAGGGUGAAUCAGAAAAGGUUGGAAAGACUGUCUCACUGCUCAUAUACUCCUUGGAUGAUUCUGGUUGGACGCUGUCGAAGGGGAUGUCUGCCGAUGGCUGCAGUGAUCCCUCCGUUGUGGAGCGGGAGAAGGGAAUACUCAUGAUGAUGACUGCGUGUGAUGAUGGCCGCCGCAGGGUGUACGAGAUCAACGACAAGGGGGCGUCGUGGACGGAGGCACUCGGGACACUCUCGCGCGUGUGGGUCAAUCCAACGGAAAAUGGGAAGGGAUUUCGAAGCGGUUUUACUACAGCGACUAUUAGGAAUGGGGAUGAUGAGAAAAAAGUGAUGCUUGUUACUCUGCCGGUGUAUUCCAAUGAGAGAGGCAAUGGAAAGGGCGUACUUCAUCUUUGGCUGACAGAUAAUACGCACAUUGCUGAUAUUGGGCCGGUAUCCGAUGAUGACGACGUUGCCGCCAGCUCCCUGUUGUACAAAAGUGCUGAAAGUGGAAAUAAUAAGGAGGAAGAGGAGUUGAUUGCACUGUACGAGAAGAAGGGCGAUGGUCAACCAUCACACAGUCUUUGGUCUGUGCGUCUGACUGAGCAGCUGAAGCGGGUGAAGGAGGUGCUAGCGACCUGGAAGGAAGUGGACGAACGUGUCUCCAAGCUGUGCCAUUCUGGGAGUGCUGUGCAGGGUGCCUCAACUGACACUGCCUGCAGCGCUGAUAAGAUCACGGAUGGGCUGGUUGGCUUUUUGUCCGGCAACUUCUCUGAUAACACAUGGAGGGACGAGUACCUCGGGGUGAACGCCACAGUAAAGGGGAAUGAAGUUGAGGGGAAGAAAAAGGCAGAAGCGGCCACAGUGGAUUCAGAGAAGGGCGUGAGGUUCCAGGGAGCGUGGGCGGAGUGGCCUGUUGGCAGUCAGGGGGAGAAUCAGCUGUACCACUUUGCAAAUCACAACUUCACUCUUGUGGCGACGGUGUCCAUCCACGGUGUACCGGAGGGAGUUACUAUUCCAUUGAUGGGUGCGACGAUGAAUGAUGAACAAAAGAAAUCUUUUGGGUUGUCGUACGAGAAAGGAAAGUGGAAGCUACUGUGCGGUGGCGAACCAAAGUCUGGGGAGCAAAGUCGCGCUUCGGAGCCAGAUAAAGCUCAACACGUCGUGAUUUUGUUGCGGAACGGCACCCAGGGCUCCGCGUACGUCGAUGGUCAGCGUGUGGGUGGGGAUACGCCGUGUGCAUUGGGAAAUACAGAUUCGAAAGGGAUCUCCCACUUCUACAUUGGAGGCGACGCAGUGAGCACAGGGAGUAAAGACGUGCAUGUGACGGUGACGAACGUCCUGCUGUACAACCGCCCUUUGAGCUCUGAAGAGAUUGGCGCCUUCAACCCGAAUAAAGACUCGACUCCACCUUUGGAAGAGAAUCCGUCGAAGCCUUCACCAGAUUCUUCUGAUUCCAUUAUACCUCCCAUCCCUCCGGUGAGCCCGAGUGCUCAGCAAACCGAAACUUCGUCCACUCCUGCCGGAACACAGCUGACGGAACAGGGACAGUCGAUGGGGAGCAGUGGUGCGGGCAGUGGCGGUGCAUCCGCACCAGCGGUGUCCACUGUCAGUACUUCCUCAGCCGAAGAGGAGUCCGUAUUGCAGGUGACGUCAGGGACAUCUCCCGAUGGAAAUCCAACUGUGGGUGGCGGUUCUACUGCUGAUGGCGAGCCAACGAUGGAGACAAGAAAAGGAGGAACAAGUGGGCAGGAAGAAGGGGCCCAGCCACAGGUCAGGGAAGUAAACGCUACGGCACUCAGCAGCAACCUCGGAAAUUUGUCGCAGGGGAAUAACACCGAUGCUGGCACCAUGCGUGAGAGGAGGUUGCUGCCGCUGCUUCUUCUGCUGUUGGGACUGUGGGGGUUUGCGGCUCUGUGA